CACCUGUAUCUAAAUAUGCCAGUUUAUUUAGAGUUUUGCUUUAAGGCAGAGGAUACAAUGUUCCGUGUAACACCAAACUUGGCUCGCCUUGCUUCAUUAGGUAUACGGCAGCAUCAUGUCUCUGUUACCAAGUAUUCAUGUGGUCAGAGAUGGCAGUCAACAUCAGCAGUAGCAGCCACAUCCUCUGCAGAGCCCUUGAGUAACAGAACCCCUGCUGAAGACCUACGUGCAGUUCAGAGUACAUACAGCUUCAAUGUCCAAGCCAUGACCACACUACUUGAUCACGAUAAUCAUGAGAUGAGGGCCAAGUUUCGGAAAUUUAUGAGUGACCCAGUUAUGAUUCCACGCUACAAUAUUCCUCUGGAUGUGGAACGGGAUAUGGCUCUUGCUCGGCUUAAGCGCAUCUGUGAUGCAGGAUUUAUCUCAGUGCUCGACUUUCGUAAUAAUCCUCUCCGUAUUUUUGCUGCUCACGAACUUGCCGCCAUUAUUGAUCCUGCAAUGACAACCAAGAUGACGGUGCAGUUCAAUUUGUUUGGAGGCACAGUUUUAAAACUGGGCACAGAACGACACCAUAAAAAGCUUCUUGCUGGUAUUGAUAGCUUGAAAGAUAUUGGAUGCUUUGGCCUGACAGAACUGGGCUAUGGCAACAAUGCUGUGGAGAUGGAAACAACAGCUGUGUUUGACAAGGAAACAGAUGAAUUUAUUGUUAAUACGCCCACUACUUUGGCUCAAAAGUAUUGGAUCACCAAUGGAGCUGUUCAUGCUAAACAUAUAAUUGUAUUUGCACAGUUGAUUAUUGAUGGUGUUAACAAUGGUAUCCAUGGCAUCCUAGUUCGCAUUCGUGAUGACAAUUUGAAGAUUAUGCCAAAUGUCCGAGUUGAGGACAUGGGACACAAAAUGGGCUUGAAUGGCGUAGAUAAUGCUAAACUGGCAUUUGACAACGUGCGAGUACCUCGGGAAAACCUGCUCAAUAAAUUUAGUGAUGUUUCUUCACAAGGAGAGUUCACUUCUGCAGUUAAAAGUGCCCGUGCCCGAUUCCUCACAGUGGCAGAUCAACUUCUCUCAGGACGUAUUUGCAUUGCCAGUAUGUCCAUGGGUGGAGCCAAGGCCUCGCUUUCCAUUGCCUUGCGUUAUGCAGCAUCUCGCUUAACUGUAGGUCCUACUGGGAAAUCAGACAUGUCUAUUCUUCAGUACCAGUUACAGCAGCGAGCGCUCUUGCCUCUUUUGGCUAGGACGUAUGCUAUUAAUUUUGGACUAGAUUAUGUAAAGCAACGAUGGGGCUUCCAAGCUGCAGAUGGCUCAGAACAUGCUGAAAUUGUGACAUUGUGCUGUGUCAUUAAACCCCUUGCAUCAUGGAACCUGGAAGAAAUUGUUUCAGUGUGUCGUGAACGCUGUGGCGGUCAGGGCUACCUCUCCUGUAAUAGGUUUGGCACUUUCCUGGGUCUAGCUCAUGCAGCAACAACUGCUGAAGGUGACAAUUGUGUCCUUAUGCAAAAAGUGGCCAAAGAACGGCUGGAAACUUUCACACCCUUAUCAACAAAUGCUGAUCUUCCAGCAGAUCCAGCCAGUAUUGAUUUCUUACAUGAUCUACUGAAUCAACGGGAAAAUCUUUUCUUCAAGACUUUGGGGAAAAAGUUGAAAGAUGUAGGAAGAGCUGGCUUGUUUAAUACAUGGAUGCUACAUGAAUCUGACCUGGUUCAGGAUGCUGCCAGAGCCUUUGGGGAAAGGUUGAUCUCUGACCAGUUUGGAGAGGUUCUUAAGAAGUGUGAGAGCAGUCUGAAACCUUCACUGGCCAAAUUGUAUCACCUGUACCUGCUGAACAUUGUAGAGAAGAACAUGGCUACCUUCAUAACUACAGGUCUCAUAUCCCCAGAGACUGCCACAAAGGCAGUUUCUGUGUCUCGUGCUGUGUGCAGGGAUCUUGGGACAGAUGCCCUUGCUCUCUGCGAGGCCUUUGCCAUCACUGAUGCAAUGCUGUCUGCACCAAUUGCCCAAAACUGGGUGGAAUAUAAUAUUGGAGACAACAAGGGGGAAUUGUAGAUUUUAACUUGUCUUAAUACUCAGGCCUCAGCAGUAAUUAAUGAUUCACUUGGAAACACUUAUAGAGUAUUUCCAUGUAAUUAAGUUACUGCCUUUGUCCUUUGAAAUUUUUUCUGUUUUAAAGUCUAUAUUUUGGCUUUGUAACAGAAUCAAGGCUCAUUUUAUUUUUGGAAAUGAUUAGCAACAAGCUUAGUGAUAAGUGUGACUAUUUUUGGAAAUGAUUUAUAACUAACUAUGUGAUAUGACUGCUUGAAUACAUUGUAUUAGAAAUGAAGGAGGCAGUACUAUUUGAUAUGAAGUGAUGUGCUUUUGUGUAUGUACAUAUAUUACAAUGUUUCUUGCCAGAAUGGGACAUAUUAACCUGAGAGAUCAGCACAAAGGGGAUAAGAUUAUGAUGAGAAUUUUAGAUAGAUCAUCCUCCUUUAGAAUGGGAAACUAUAAUUUUUCAAAUAUUGGUUAUUGGUUUACAAAUUGAUUGCAUUUUGUAGUGAAAGCUAGAGUAUUUAUAGGAUUUGAACUUUGGUCUGGAGAUGUUUGAAGGUAAGUGCCUGUUCUUGAUUUUUUUUAACUACAGCCAUUUAGAUUUUUAAGUAAAUGUAUAUUUGUAAAUAACUAUUUUCUUAAUGUCAUAUUUUUUGCACCACUUGUUUCUUUGAAAUUAUCACAUUUUGUUCUCCCUGUUCAUGCUGCCAAAAAAAUCUGUUAAUUUUCUUAUAUUCUUCUAUUAUCUUUCUAUAUUUCUGGUUACCAUAUUCCAUAUUUUCUUCCUAUCUACCACUAAAGGCAUUUCUGAUAGUAACAUUACCUAUUUGUAAUUUACAGGCAGAGCUAUACCUCAUGGUGUCUCUUCAGUGUUAAAUUGGUUAGUGUUCAGAGGUUGUAGCACAUGGAAUGGGAUCCUCUUGCAUCCCAUUCCAGUAUUCUACCACUCAGUUUGCGAAGAAAAUUUUCUAGAAGCCUUUAACAACAGAGCAAAUUUUGGUGAUUAGAGUCAUUCACUGUAACCCAUUU